AUGUCGGAGGUAUUACUGCAUGGCGAUGCGGUGUCUUCGGAGCUCUAUCGUAAAUGUUUCUUCAAGGGGAGUAGACAUGUCGUUUGCUUCUACAACGCGCCACCACUCGAGGGUGAGAUUAACCUGCGUAGCUUCCAGGAGAUCGCUGCGAAGCGUGUUGCGUUGCUGCAGUUCAUAGAGUCGCGGACCAGCUUCCGUCACAAGCGUUCCGAUCCCAAGGUCGACCAUGUGCCUGACAUAGAGGCUAAGAUGGAGGAGCUGGGCUUCAUGCUGCCUUCCCCCGUCUUCGACCAGGAGGACGUGGAUAAGUUCCUGCCGAUAGCUCAGGCCGAUGUCAUUUCGCAUUUCGUCCUGCGCCUCGCUUUUGGGAAGGCCCGCGACAGGCGCGACUGGUUUGUGCGCAACGAGCAGCGUCUGUUCGACUUCCGCCUCGACCGUCUGCGCGAGGUGAAGAUCCGCGACGUCGAGACGCACAGCAAGCUGGAAUACUUUUUGCAAAGCCAGGGCAUCGUUUACGAAAGCGUCGUGAUGCCCACAGUGUUCUCCGGCGCCAACAGCAAGAACGAGCAGCUGCAGGAAUUUCACCAGCUGGUCAGCUUCCGCAACGACGCGGCAAAAGUCGACAAGCUUUACAUCGCACCCUUUUACCCUGACGCGAUGCAGCUCGUGCGCUCUCGUCAGGUUGUUUUGAAAAACGGCCUGGCGUACGUCCCCAACACGGUGCUCCACGUUUUGUGUUCGUCUCGAUUCCGUCACCAGGUGGUGACCUCUUUCCGGUCCCUCGACGAGUCCGGCGGCUUUGACUCUGCGCCCCCGUUUGUGGACGAACGCCUAUCUGGAUUUCUGCGCGUGCUGCCAGAGUCGUACCUGGCCGUCGACCAUUCGCGCAGUUCGUUCAAGUCGGACGGCAGCGAGAGCCUGAGCCUUGCCAACAUAAACAGCGUGUUCGCGCUGACGUUCCCGCCAUGCAUGCGCCGCAUCUUCACCCACUACAUCCGCAGCAGGCACAUAAAGUACAACGCGCGCCGCCAGUUUUGGUUGUUCUUGAAGGGCUGCGGGAUGUCGCUGGAGGAGAAUCUGCACUUCAACCGCAACCUGUGGGACGAUCCCACGAAUUUCGAGAAGGAGCACGUGUACACAAUCCGUUACAUGUACGGUAAGGAGGGCCGCCGCGUCAGCUGCCCUCCUCUGAGCUGCGCGUCGAUCCUCCGCGCGCUGCCCGUACCGACGGCCGGCCAGGUGCAUGGGUGCCCCUUCCGCGACUUCGACUCUGAUGGUCUGCGUGGUCUGCUUGAGGAUUUCGGCCUGAACGCGGAGCAGAUAUCGCCCAUAAUGGAGCUCAAGUCCACCCACCAGUACCAGUUGGCGUGCAUGGAGUACUUCUCGCAGACCGCGCCGAACGGUUCCACUGAAGGCGUGGGCACUCACCCCAACGUGUUCUUCCGUAACAGCUUCAAGUUGCACUACGGGAGCACCGACUCCCCGGCGCAAUAG